UACAGCCUCUCUUUGUUUAUAGCAGAAAGAGGUGGAAGCUACUGCUUCCUUUAGCAGUCGAUCGCGCCUCAGCGGUUUACUCGAGCAGUGUAAUUCGAUAUUUUAUCUUUGUAUCGGAUACCAUAAAGAAGCAACCAUGGUGGCUAUGACGAAGAGAAUGAAAACCUUCCAAGUUAUUUUUACGGACCCCAGCAAAACUUUCUACUGCGGCGGGGACACGGUGUCUGGCCGUAUAGAGGUGGAAGUGAACGAGGUGACGCGUGUGUCCGCAGUGAAGGUUCUGGGUCUUGGCUGCGCCAAGGUGGAGUACGCUAAAGGCAAGCAGCGGUGCCGACAGGAGGCCGAGUACCUCAGAUAUGAAGAGGUGCUGCGGCUGGAUGACCAGCCCACAGAUUCAGAUGGGUCAGUACUCUUAAGGCCUGGCAACAAAUAUGAGUACAACUUCGGAUUUGAGCUCCCCCGGAAUGGGCAACUGGUAUCAUCAUACAAGGGGAAGUUUGGCUAUGUCCAUUACUAUGUGAAGGCCCUGAUGGAGAGGCCACACCAGCCCACUCUGGAGUGCAAGAAACCCUUUGAGGUGGAGGAGCCUCUAGAUGUCAACACCCCAGACCUGCUGUCUCCCACAGGUGGCAUGAAGGAGAAGAAGGUCACCUGCAUGUUCAUCCCUGAUGGCCAGGUGUCACUGAAUGUUAAAAUUGACCGCCGUGGCUUCUGUGAAGGUGAAGACAUCUGCAUCAAUGCAAAGUUUGAGAACACCUGCUCUCGCAUUGUCGUGCCGAAGGCUGCCAUCAUCGCCAAACACAUCUACCAGGCCAACGGCCGCACCAAGGUUUUCCGCCAGAAGCUCUCCUCUGUACGUGGAAACCACAUCAUCUCUGGCAUGUGUGACGCCUGGCAGGGAAAGACCAUUAGGGUUCCAAAGAUCAAACCAUCCAUGCUGGGCUGUAACAUUAUCCGUGUGGAGUACGCUCUAAUGAUUUACAUCCACAUUCCUGGUAGUGAGAAGCUGAUCCUGGAGCUGCCUCUGGUUAUUGGGACUGCUGGUCUGGGCAGCCGCAGCAACAGCGUGAGCAGCCAGGAGGGUUCGGUCAGCAAUAGCUCCCAGAGCUGGGUGUCCCUCAGGAUGCCUUCUGAGCCUCCCAGCUACUGUGACAUUACCCGCGACUGCCGCCUGGACCAGCCCCUCACACCACUCCUGGACGACGUUGACGGAGACGAGAGCCCCAUCUUCAUGAAUGCCCCAGCCUUCCAGUUCCCACCGCCUCCAGCAUACACUGAGAAUGAAGAGGAGUACAAUGGCAAUGCUCGCAUGCUACCGGUCUGCUGAAGUCCAGUGGGGAUUCCAGACUUGCGGUCCAGCCCUCAGGGACCAUUCAUCUAAGGCACUUAGAAAGGAGCAGAAGGUUGAAACUCUAGAAGAGAUGGAUGGAGAUGUAAAGCCAGGACUACAGAGACGGACAGAAAGACGCUUUCCUGUUCUGUCACUGUGCUUCAUCAUUCACGCUGAUCCUGAGUCCUCUUCCUGGAGCUUUUUUAGGUCAAGGACCUGGAGAUAGAGCCACCGGGACUGUGGCGUGCUACAUUUCUGAAUAAGCUGUCCCUUCCAGAGACCUCAAACUGUUGGGAGUCUCACCGUCCAUUCACAGCCACUUUAUGACUUUUCAGUGGGGCCAAGCAUUUUAUGAGUCAGCCCCUAGCUGCAUCAUCUUAGCUUUUUUUGGGGGGUUGUCUUUUCCUCAUGAUGCUUUGUCAUUCCAGUUAAACCCUGUAUUUUUGGGGGUAUUCAUUAGAGGAACCAUCAUUUUUGUUAAGUCAAGUUAGCUUGAGUUGCUUCAGUUUAUCAGGAAUAUCGUUGCCUUUGAGAAUUAUAGCAUGUAAUAUAAUCUUCCUUUGAUGAAUAGAGCCUCAUGCAGCAUUUGAAAGAAAUGUGGUUUAUUCCUUUAUUUUAUUGCACUUUCUGACUGAUGCAUUUUGCUCUACUACUGCCUCCAAGAACUUCUGUUUGUUAUGUUUUCUUCGAACUAUGUUUGUGAUGUGGACAGUGAAUUUUCUGUAAGUGUGGAACCUCACAUAUGAUUUCCAAAGAUUAGUGAUUGGCUGUGGUUACUUGAGUGCCAAACGUGAUCCAUGCAACAUGCACACACUCGUGGAAUACGCCUUAUCUGAGGAUAAUCAUUGUGUCUAAUCUGCGGUUGUCCUAGACAACAUUUCACUGUGAGAUCUCCACUGUGCUGGUUUCACAGCUUCUGUUCUUUCAGGGCUCAGAGGAAAUCACUGUUAAAAGACUGAUUUGUGAGAAAAGUAUGUUUGCAAUGCAUUCUUAAUACUUAUAACAAGUAUUUUUUGUAUGAAACCCCAUGGGUUAUUUUUUUAAUAAAGAGAUGUUGAGAAUA